AUGGGAUCCGAACAGUCGAUGCCCGUGGCUACCUUCAGCUUGGGAGACAGUCCUGUUCAGCUGGCCGCCACAGUGCUGUUCCACGUUCCUUCCGCCGCCAAGCUGCGAGGGUCGGAGCCUCUGGAUGCCUACCAUACCUCCAUCGUUGUUGGUCAGGUGGAAUAUUCGUUCAGUGGACAGGGCAUCCGAGAAACGAAGCCACUGGUUUCCCAUUCCAUGCUUAAGCGGGAAACUGAGGUGAAAAUCGUCGGCUACACGCCGUAUUCCGGCUACCAGAUGGUGAUGUUGCUGAACCAGUUCUUCCCACCAGCAACUUACGAUCUUCUGUGCAAGAAUUGCAACAGCUUCUCCGACUGCGCCUUGUUCUUCCUCCUCGGCCAGCGGCUGGAGGCCAAGUACAGCAGGAUGGAGAAGUACGGAAAGACUGGGCAGAAGCGGAUUGGCCUCAUGUCUGGCCUCAGGCUGCUAGGCAUGAACUACCAUCCAAAUCCUAACUCACAGAACUUCCAGGUGGAGCAAGUCAUCGACAGGGUCAAAGCCUACAAGGGACCCGGGCGCCAGGACAUACAUGAUGGCAAAUCGCCCACGGACCCCUGUUGCUGCCACCUUUUCUUCUGA